UUACACAGAGGGGAUAUAAGUUACGUGUUUUGUGUUGUUGCCGUAGACGAUGCCGGUAGCAAGUCACCAAGGUCCAACAUCGUGUCCGCAUCCAUGAAGCAUUUCAGUUACUUUGAGUUGCCGGUAUCUGUAGCAAUCGUUACUAUUAUUGUUGUAGCUGUGUUCCUGGUCGUUCUCAUAGUAUAUCUAAUUCGUAUCUGUUAUCGAAGAAGACUUCGGGAAGGCAGCGAUAAUCAGAACACAGAGGCGGCGAAAGGAAAUAAAAACGGUGACCGUGAGGGUGCGGGGAUGAGAGCAGAGAACAUAGAAACGGAGAAUUCACCAAGAAUUCCGAGUCACGUGGUUACACGUGAAGGGGGGGACAAGAGCAAUUUUGGUCUAGUGAAUGAGGUUACGACGGCAGACGAAGUUUCCAUUAGAUACCCAGCCAACAACGAUUUAGAAAAUAUUACAACUGGGUCCGUUGCAAACAUAGCGUCAAGGUUCCAGCAACUACAGUGUAGUAAUACCAACACGGGUGAAAGUCUUACGAAUGGUGCGCCACAUAAGCGGGUACUUCGUACUAACAGCCCGAUUGGACAGGUUAUGCAAAAUAGCGUGGUGUCCGAUCAAAAACUUGAGACUGGAACUCCACAAACUCAGACUGGAACUGAAGAGGUCCAAGUGACAUUCCGCGUUCAAAAUCUGACAGCGCGGUUUGAACAGAAGUCUUAGACCAUACUACUUCAAAAAAUAUGCUCAGUCUGUUUUUGAAAAUAUAAAUUUCCACAACAAUAAAACAUUGACGUCAUCUUCAAAAAGUUAAAAAAGUGAGUUUCAAAUAAAAUAUGUCUAAAACGAG